UGACUGUGAGUGUAUUCAUGGACCAUACCACUCUGAGGGCGAGAGGGGGGUAGCACUUGGGUCUGAUAGUAGCGCUGACAGGUUAUGUUGGUGCACUGCACUCAGAUGUAUUUACAAUGCGGACAAAUUAACAUUUCAAAUGACAUUGAAAUGUAUUCAGUAGUUGCAUCCUGAAUUCAUGCAAAGGAUGACGAUGUAGUGAGGCAAAUUCAACCAUGCCACUAUAGGCUUUGCUUUACCUUUUAAAGAGUGAAGAAGGGAAGUUUUUUACUCUUCUUGUAAAUACAAGGUUAAUUAAAAUCUCUUUCCGACUAUGAUAUUAUUUAUUUUGUACACUAAAGUCUGACACUGUUUGACCAUUGACAGUGUUAAUUUUGAAGGCAAGUUUGAAAAAAUAACUGAAUCAUUAAGAGUUUGUGAAGAACCUUUUUUCACCAAAGAAUUUCGCUAUUUCUCCCCUUAUUUUACGCAUGUUAAACCCUCAUGGGCUCAGCAUACCAGCCAUUCUAAGCCGCAUAAUGAAAUAACUCCAUGGUAGAGUGAGUUCACUCAAUUUAAACAGCCUUGGGUUACAAAUUUAGAAACUGUCAAUUGGACGACCUUGGACUCUACAUUACAAUACAAGAAAAGUGGAACGGUACAAUAGGUAGAUGUACCAGUAUCCCAUGGCACACAUGGUGUAUCCGGCAUGCUGCUGGUUUAGUUGACUUAAAUGCAGUCAUGCAUUUUUAAUAUGGAUCAUGCUCCAAUACAGCUGAACCGCAUCUCUCACCACCAGGCUUAUUACAUCUCUGUCCUUACUCUAUGUUACAAUGAUGUACUUUCAGAGCAUGGGGGUGGGUCAUACUAUACUCAAUGUACAAAUUUCCCUCUUCCCUUUUAUCCUAUUCGGCUAGUUUGAGUUUCUUAAAGACGGCUUUGCAAUUUCUCCCACCAUCUUGUCCUUGUAAACAGCGAGGCUAUUUAGAAGACCCUUGAACUGAAGUCAUUGUCCCCUCUAAUCCAUUGAGCUAAACCAUUGUGAAGAAUUCAGAAUGGAAUAGUCCAUAAUGGUAUGGCCCUACUGAUGAACGAGCUAGAGAUGAUGUCAUCGCUGGGAAACCUCCAGCGUGGAACUGUCUCUCUUCUGUCUUGAUUGCUUUUUUUCACCGGCAUGUGUGUGUGUGGGCGAUUUUCUGGUUGACUGUGAAUGCUUACGUGUAUGAAUAGAGAAAGGUGUAUUUGAAUUGAGGUGUAUGCGGUUUAGUUCAACGGUUCUGUCGGUUUCGAGUUGGAUUUGUUACUUUCGAGUUUCGAGUUGGAUUUGUUACUUUUGAGUCUCACACUGGAUCUUUCCUUGGAUUUAAGAAACAGUUGAAUUACAACGAGAGAAUUUAAUAACAGCCAAAGCCCAGUGUAGUUGUUAACAUCCACGAUGUCAACACGCACACCCGUAAAACUUUCGAGACAGUCCUCUAAGCCUAAGACAAAGCAGGUGACGGGGAUGUCAUCGCCCCUCUGUAGAAAGAAGCGUUCGUCGCCCAGGUCAGAUGAGAAGGUGGCUCGACCCAGGAGACGUCUGGCAGUCGGGACGGAUAAGCGACGAGACGGGGGGAAAAGACACCAGAAGGAUGGAUACGAUGAGAUUGCUGCUGUGGCUGAGUGUGAGGAUUUCCAUGCAGAUCUAAACAGGCUGAUCAACUGGUUAUCCACCUCCAUCAACCAAUCAGAGCACUGCAAAGCCCCCUCUAUUGACACACUCAGUAUAAGAGUUCAACUGGAAAAAUACCUGGCCUUUGCAAUGGAGAUACAGACACACCAGCACCAGAAGGACAGUGUGAUUCUACGAGGGCAAGACUUCAUCCAUCAGUACCCCCAACUUCAGCCCAGUCUGGAGGCUACACUCCACUUGAUUGCAGCCCAGUACCGGCUCCUUGAGGAGAGGCUAGACACCCAGUUUAGACAGUUGGAGGGAGCACUCUCCGUCCUGGAGACCAACACAAGAUCAGAGUUGCAGAGCUUCAAAUCCUUUGAUUCUGAGCUUAUGAUGGACUCCAUUGAGCAGAUGUCAUUCAGACUGGAGAACAGCAAGAGACGAAACUCCUCCAUGGAGAUUCAUGUGAACGCCUUGAAUAAACAGGUGGACACCUUUAACACAUCCAGCAAGCUGUCUUCGACUGGGGGCAGUGACACCUCUUGUAGCUCCUCCCCUGACUUUGAUGUCCUGUAUGAGGAGCUCUCUGAUUGGCUGAGUGACCUACACAUGGCUGUGACUGACAGCCAGCAAUGCCAAUCAGAUCAGAGGAUGGCCCAGGUGUGCAAGGGAUACACACAAGAACUCCAAAUGCGAGAGGUGACCCGAUCCAAGCUGAACAAGAAAGCCAACCACCUCCUCACGCGUCGUCCAUCCACCUGCUUGGACGUGACUGCCAAGUUACAGUCAAUCAAUCAGCAAUGGACUAACCUGCAGGCACGCCUCACACCUAGUGCCGAGGCCUGCUCUCCAGGCACUGUGGCAUUCACAAGCUCUGAGGAGGCCAUGACCGUGACCUUGGAGGUUGAAGAAGUCAUAGUUCAGCUGAAGGGAUGGCUGACGGAGAUGGAGAGGAACUUGUUUGCUACAGAGAGCAUCAAAUGUCCGGGAAGCAUUCAACAAAUUGAAAAAAGACUUGCAGCUCAUGAGGAAAUUCAAGCAGACAUUGCCAAGAACUCUGAGGGGAUCCGUGUGGUGUUGAACCUAUGCGACAUCCUACAGAGAGACAAGCACGCCUGCGCCAGUGAUAAGGAGAGGGACUCUCUGCAGCUGGCUGCUUUUAACUUGGAGCGACGCUGCCAGGCUAUCCAAGCUCAGGCCAUGGCACUGCAGUGUAACCUGGAGGAGAAAGUUAGAACAUUCAAGGAUUACAGUACAAUUGCUGCUCAGAAAGACGAUCAGGAACCUUCCUCUUGUGAAGAGGCAGUCGCAGAUGAUGAAAGUAUCGUCCAGACGAGUUUGAAAAAACCCAUUCUGCGCGCAUACCAGCCCUCUGGAGCUAAAGAUGAUUCUGACAUAUUUGGGCUCGGUCAGAGUAUCAACUAUGAUGAUAUCCUUUUGGUCCGUGAGGCUUUCUCUGAGAAUGAUGCCUACAGUAUAAGUGACACCUCCACGGUGUCUCUUGGAGAUUUUGCAUUUGAUGAUGUGCUGUUGAUGAAGGAAGAAGAGGUGGUGCCGUCGGUGCCAACCCAAACCCCAGACAUCAUGGAGCUGAGUGAUGAGAUGAUUGAUGCCUACCUGAGAAUGGAAGAAGACCAACUGAGGCAGGAGGACGAAAUUGAUUGUGACAUCCUGCCGGAGGUUGCCGAUAUUCGUGGGCGGAGCAACUCUGAACUGGAGUUCUGGUCCAUGUCUCUCCGGGAUGAUAAUGUGAUGACGACUUCAGUGGAGUUACCUCACGUCAUGCCGUCACUGGAGGAUCUGGAUCGUGUUCCGGUGCUCCUUCAAAACGGCAUCUCGAAGCCAUCUCCAAGUUUCACUCUUGAGGAGCCUCUGCAUUCCCCAACAAACUACCGUCCCAUUACUCUUGGGAAGUACAGCUUGAGAACAGUGGACCAUAUGUCCUCUGUUGUCGAAGAUGCCCUGGAAAGUCUUUGCUCUGAUGAAGAUGAUGAAUUUGAAGAAGAUUUUGAUGAUAUAUUUGAUGAAGAUUUUGACGAUGAAUUUGAUGGAGAUGACGAAGAUGAAGAUGUAGAUGUAACUCUCACAGAGGAGAGGUGUCAGAGUAAAAUAACGCCAGAUGAAGAAGUAGAAGAUGUGGAAGAAGCCUUUGGUCAUCUUGUUUUUGAUAUCGAAGACCUGGAAGAAUCCUUAGUUGACCCAUCCCAAGACCUCAAGCCAGCUAAACCUCUCAGCCGAUCCCUUCCAGUAACCUACCGUUCGACGGUUCUCAGAGAUGUUCAAACUCAUGAUUACCCAGCCUCCUUUCCCAGCCAACCCGUCUCCAAUACAUGGUCUCAUCCAAGUGUUACCAUUGCAAAGACACCCCAUCAGAAAAAAGGUUUCUUUCCCUCCCAUGCCAAUUGUUUCUUGCCCAAUGCUUUUGAUGAUGUCCACACCAGUAGUCCGGUGAAGGACAGACCAGUGAAGUCCACCCCGUCCUCCAAGUUUCACAAGCUUCGUCGUCGUCUGAGUCAGGUAUCGAAUACGCCGAUAGAAGAGGAGACAACUAGACGGAGUGAGCCAUUGCCUCAAGUCCCCCAAGACAACUUACUGAACAUCACAGACCUGAGCCUGUCCCACAUGUACGAGUCUCUAGACUUUGCAACAGAGUUGACAAAUUCCCUUAUGCCCGGGGCCCAUCACUCAAGAGAUGACGUAGACAGUCCCCUUGAUUUCCCCCUCCUCGACAGAAUGGAUGAUUCCGACUGUGAGUCUUUCAGCGAGAGUGAGGAUGAGGGAAGUGAAAGGGAAGACCCUGUCCAGACUUGGAUCAACAACAACAUGCCGACCCCUCCCCAAAUCAGUCCCCUGGAAAUGCCAUGUGAGUUGACCUUCACCCCUUCCUACAACCUGGAUGCUAGCAUUCAAGAAAUACCCACCCAUGACCUCCCCAGCUUGCCGGUCUGUAAUCACACUGAGGUGCAUAUCCAGCAGGAUGUUUCAGACGCACUCUUCACUCCGGGUUGUGCCCCUGAGCUUGGAAUAUCCCAGGCACAGGAAAUGGCUGGUUUCCUGGAGUCGGUCUCUACAGAAAGGGAAGUUGAUCUGGGUCUGUGCGCAGACUCGGCUCAAGUGGAAAUAGCUGAUGAGGAAGUGACCACGGAGCCAGACCAACAGGAAACAGUGACUAACCAACAUACUGCAGUACAUGAAUGCUGUAGUGUAUCACAAUUGCCUGAUGAUAGCGUCAGUAAUGGUGGUUUCAACAGCAGAGUAAAGAAUUCUCGUGACUUGAACAUAAUAAAGGAACGACUAAGGAAAGAGAUCAUGGAGCAGUCCAACAAGAAGCAGGCGUACUUCACCUACGUCUCUCAGCUUGCAGAGGCUUGUACCGAUGACGCAGAGCUGGGUCAGAUCCUUGGGGAGUUCAAUCGUCAGAAGUGUUAUUUGUGGUCUAUCGGGGGUUCCCUGGAACAACCAAAACAGGCCAUAGAUAAUACUCACGAUAACUUAAGCACAAUGGAUGAUAGCUGGAUGGAACUGAUGUCCCAGUGUAGCGACGAUACAGACAAACUUCUUGAAGCCUCAAGUUCUCUGAUUGAGGAGCUGGAAAGGAGCUCUCGUAUGCAGGUAAAACCCUUACCAGAGGAUGAGAUAGGAAGCUGGCGUGAUGUCAUCAUAUUGUGGCUGAACGAACAAGGUGUCACCUCAGUGGCACCAAGCCAUGAUGUUACAGAUCACAGUGACGCUGGUGUCACCGAUUGUGAUUCAAGGAUGGUAAAGGAAGCCCCAGUAGAAGGAGAACUUGGCAGCAUUUUGGAUUUGGAGAACAAACCAGCAUCGUCAGACUUGGAGAAUACCACAGACAAUGGCGUUGCUCUUGAUUGCAGUCUUCAAGAUGUGGAUGGAAUCGAUGCCAUUGGGAUCUCAUCACCUUGGUCCCCAUCCUCUGAGAUGGUUGACAGCGGGAACUUCUCUGCUGAUGGAAUUUUGGAUGAAGAAAGUUUGGCACAUGAGAAAACCCUGAGCCCUUUAACCUCUUCCCCAGAGGUCAUCUCAUCUACCAACUAUCAUACGACCCUGAGCAAACACAUCGUUACCCUAGAGUCUCCCAUCCUCCUUAAAGACACCAUGGAUGUUGCAACAGGACAAUACCCCACUCCUGCCACUACCUGGUCUCGUGUCCUCUGCAUUGGCAUACCCAUCUGCAUCUUCCUCUUCCUCUGCGUACUCUUUGUCAUCCUGCUCCCAGCUGUUGUUACCUCGGCAACCGGAGAUUGCUCCUACUCACUGAUCGACAACAUCUUGUUGAACAGCCCCAGCUGGGAACCGAUUUUAUAUUACGUCAGAGGGCCUCCUCCUCAGUAAGUGGUGAAAUAUUUGUUUCAUGAUAUAGUACUUUUAGGGAGUUUGAGAAAGCCUGGCUCUGGCUUUGCUCUGGCUUGGCUCUGGCUUGGCUCCGGCUUGGCUCCGGCUUGGCUCCGGCUUGGCUCUCGGCUCGGCAUACUGUGUUUGAUGGAUUCAAAGCCAAAGCCAAACAAGAUUGUGGCUUUCGAGGAACAAAUGUUCGUUCAAAUGUUAAUUGUCAAACAAUAAACUUGUAUUCAUAUUCAUUGGUAUUGGUUUCUACCAAGGUUGGUUGUAAUUGAGAACUCCAUGUUUGGAGUUCAUUUGUAUAUAUGUUGGUGAUUUAUUUGUAUAUGUGGUCCACUUUUAAUUCAAUACUCAUUAUGAAUGAUUGACCUCGUAGUUCAGAGUUCGGUUAGUUAUACAAAAAAUUAAUCCUCCUUUACAUUUUGAAUUCAGUAGCUUGUAGAGGAAUCUUCUGGUGAAGCAUGCACCAGUAUUUCUUGUUUACACAAAAUAAAAUAGACUAUGUAUAAUUUAAAUUUGAAUCAAUUUACAUUUCAAAUUUAAUUUUUCAGAAUUCACUUCUUAUAUAACCAUAAACUUAAAUCUAAAAGCACGUAAUAUACUGUAAAAGUAUUGCUUAAAAUUGUCCCAGACUCACUUCUUACUGGUUUUGGAUUGGAGUCCGACCCACCAUGUUCGCUUUUAUGUUAGAUUCAUGCAAAUGCAAAGACAACAAAAAGUUGUAGCAAGGUUACAUGUUCCUCUGAUCAGUCAUCCAGACUCAAAAUUUGUCAUUAUGUACAGAAAAUUUCCUUUAAAAUAGAACUUUCUUCCAUCUUUAUCACUGUUGUUUGACCUUUCUUUGUUUGCUUCCUUUUUUUGUCUCGUCACUAUUUGUGUUGUCCCUAAUUCUUGUUGUAUACCAUUCUUACCCAACCUCCUCUCCCUUCCUAUCCCCACGCCCUCCUGUCUUGUGUACCUAUCCUCUAGAGGCGAUUCUCUGCCCAUCUUUCCCCCCUCUUCAUUUUAUUACCAAUCAUCUCAUCUUCAUACCAUCUUCCUUAUUGUACUUCAUCUAUCGGUCUUAUUUCUGUUUAGGCCUGUACUAGUGCAUCUUAGUCGUAACACCCAUCAUUCUCAAUCACUUAGGUAUCUCUUACCUUAACACAUUACCUUAACACAUUUCUAACCCAUUCCCUCCUGUCCUAUUGUCUUACAUUAACCCAUUACUUACCCAUUUCCAUCUAUCCCAUUCUUUGCCUGCAAAUCUAUGUCCCCUCUUUGCCCUCAACUAAACCAUUGCCUAGUUUUCCAUCUCCCUCCCAAACUAACCACUCCUCAUUUUUAAUCUCCCGUCUCCUCCCAACCCCACCCUGCAUUUUUUCCUCCUUAUUUUCUACAUCACCAUCUCUAUAAUAAUAACAAUUCUUAUAUAGUGCAUUUCACAAUAACUGUAUUAAUGUGCUUUACAUU